AUAAACACAAUCCUCUUCAUACUCACACUAUCCCUCACCCUAAGCAUCAUCCUAAUCUCCCUAAACUUCUGACUAGCCCAAACAACCCCAGACUCCGAAAAAUUAUCCCCAUAUGAAUGCGGAUUUGACCCCCUAGGAUCAGCUCGACUACCCUUCUCAAUCCGAUUCUUCCUCGUAGCAAUUUUAUUCCUCCUAUUUGACCUAGAAAUUGCACUCCUACUCCCCCUGCCAUGAGCCACUCAACUACAAUCUCCCACCACCACCCUGACCUGAACCCUGCUAAUCAUCACUCUACUCACACUAGGACUAAUCUACGAAUGACUCCAAGGAGGACUAGAGUGAGCAGAAUAA